AUUUCCGAACGUACCGACCGAACUUUGGCCUGGCGGCUGCCCCAAUGACACUCGUAUGACAUCAGCUGACGAAACGCGGGUAUCGUACCAAAACGAUUUUGUGCGUAAAAUAAUACAAAAUUAUUAAGUGCUUUAUUCACUGAAGAUAUCAAAAUGACAAUACUCGUUUCGUCAAAUGCUGUGUACGCGGCCGUACCCAUUUCGGUGUUAGUGGCAAUCGGUUUAAUUCGCAAAUGGAGGUCCAGAAAUUGGGCUAAAUGUACCAGUAACACUUGUUUGAGAGGUAAAACUUUUCUUAUCACCGGCGCUAAUAGUGGGAUUGGAUUGGAGACCGCUAAGGCGCUGGUGAGGAGGAAAGCACGAGUGAUAUUCGCAUGCAGAGACAUAGUGAAGGCUAAGGAGGCUAUUGCUGAUAUUCGGAAGGAGCAGCCCAAUGGCGGGGAGUUGAUCCCGAUGCAACUGGAUCUGGCUUCAUUCGAAUCCAUAGAAAACUUUGUGGAGCUUGUCAAAGCUGGCUUCCACAAAAUUGACGUUCUUAUUAACAAUGCUGGUGUGGUGGUGCCCUUAGAACAAGACCAAAAGACCAAAGAAGGGUUUGAAAUACACUUUGGAGUUAACCACUUAGGACAUUUCUACUUAACUAACUUAUUAAUGGAACACUUGAAAAGAGCAACACCAAGCAGAAUAGUGAUCGUGUCGUCUACAUUGCACGAAAAAGGGAAAAUCAACUUUGACGAUUUAAACUUAAGGGCUCAAAUUGAAGAAGCUAAGAGUGGUAAGAAGGCUGGACGCCACAAUCCGGGAUACAGCAACUCCAAACUGAUGAAUGUGUACUUCGCAAGGGCGUUGGCUUCGAAGCUGAGAGGAUCGGGUAUUGACGUGAACACUUGCUGUCCAGGAUUUUGCUACACAAAUUUGUUCAGACACUCAAUAAGAUGGUACCACUACAUCCUGAUGGCUCCGAUAUUCCUUAUGUUCAUGAGGUCUGCGAAACAAGGGUCCGAAACAAUAGUGUUCUGCGCAACAGACUACACGAUGGAGGGGAAAUCAGGAAAAUUCUACCGCGACUGCGCAGAGUAUCAGUCAUCGUAUCCCUUCGAUAAGGCUGAGGAGACUAAACUGUGGGAAGUGAGCGAAGAACUCAUUAAGGCAAGAAAGCCACUAUGAGUCCCUGACCUUGAGUUAGGCAGCAUGGGCGUAUCUAGAUGGCCCAGAGUUGAAUUCCAACUUUCGUUCCAUUGGGCAAAUUGCGAUUUUUAUAAUCCUAAUAAUUACAUAAAAGUGCGUAGACAGGAAGCAUAAUAAUUCAAUACAAGUACAUAAAAGUGUGUAGGUAUAUGCAGGAAGCAAAAUCACACCAGAUACGCCCAUGUUAGUCGGCAUCUCGAAUAUUAUUUUAUGCCUGUUGUUAACGUUAGUCCAAAAUUAGAUCAAAUGGAAUAUUAUUUUGUAUAGUGUGCGUGGGGUAGGUUUGUUGUCACAAUAAUUCCAAAUGUAUAGUAAUAGUUCGAUGGCUCCUAAGUAAACUAUCUUAUCUGAAAAAAUAGCGAUAUUCUCUUUUUAAAAUUUCGUUAUCUAGGUACCUAUUAUUUACUGCCAAACCUAUUAAAAAAGUCAGUAAUUGAUUUUUAAUUAAUUUUCUUAUUUGUUUAUUAAACAUAGAUUUAAAUGGGUUUAGUAGUAAACAGUACCGGAAUAACUAAAUUGUUAUUUUUUCAGAUACAAUAGUUUACUUAGGAGCCAUCGAGUUACUCAAUCUUAACCGCCAUAUGUAUUUUGACGGACCGGGGCAAUUUUAGUAGUAUAGUACCCAGACAUGUAGUUUUUAUAUUAUUUAUUAAAUUUUUAAAUGGG